GCCAACCGCCGUUAAACCCCACCGAAUAAUACUUUCUUGUAGCUAGCUAACGUUAACCCUUCUUAUUAAAGCUCAGUUAGAUAACCAUUUCGGACUAAAAUAGUCGAAUUAGUUAGGCUAGACAGAAAUUGUAACGUUAGCCAACUAGCUAGCUAGCUUGCUAACUGAAAUAAUAUUCUACAAAAUGCAUUUAAUCUUUGUUUUAAACUGACUGACGUAGCGUAGUUAAUUUACGUUGGUGGCAGGCAAACUUGUUUUCUUCAGCUCAAGCCGAGGGAAGCUAACGUUAGCUAGCUACAAUGACAUUUCUGUGAAUUCAUGGGGGUGGACACACAAUUAAAUACGUCAUUGGCUAACGGCCCCGAUUUCCAUCAAAACACCCAUGGCAAAGUGGUUAAAGGACUACCUGAACUUCGGCAGCCGUCGUGACGCCCCCCAGCUUCCGCGUCCUGACUACACAGAGAGUGAGAUCCUGAGGGCCUACAGAGCCCAGAAAGACCUGGACUUUGAAGACCCCUACCAGAGCGCAGAGAAAUCACAAAAUGGCUGCUACGGUGGCUGUAGGGGGACAGUAAGCCUGCAUGCGUUUCCCGCCUUGGCUUCUGUCCUUCCCGACGAUGCAGAAGUGAAGGUGGUGUCUCCCAAACACAGGCUGAUCAAGGUGGACUCUCAGGAGUUCCGUCGCAGUAAGGUCCCCAUCAGCCCCGUCACCAUCCACCAAGAACCGGUGCUUCCCUCUGCUCCUACAGUAGUAGGGGACUCCGACACCGACUACUCAGACCCGUUUGAUGCCAGACCAGUUCCUCGGCUUAGAACAGAUUGGGAGCCUAACCCUAACCCACACCUUACCUUGGACCUCAGCCCCAUCACCAGUCCUACCCUGGUAGCCUUCAGCCCUAACCCUAUCCUAGGUCUCAGUCUCCGUCCAGGGCACAGCAGCAGCUACAUGGAACCCUUUGAAGCCCAGAGGGUCAUCACAGAGCUCCAGCGGGGCCGGCCAGGAGUGGGCAGUGGAAGGUCAGGGGCUGGGAUCGGAGAUCAACUCUAUGAUGACCCCUACGAUGAGAGGACUCGACAUCGCCACCGGGAGGCGCCACCGCAGCAGCAGGGGAGAGAGUUCCUCAGGAACGAAACGAGAGAGGUCAGAGAGAGCAGGCUGCCCCAGGACGAUGAGAGACCAGCAGAGGAGUACGACCAGCCCUGGGAAUGGAAGAAGGACAACCUCUCCAAAGCUCUAGCAGUGAAGUUUGAGGGGGCAGAGUGGGAGAAGUCGUUAGCCCAGUCAGACCAGGCCAGACUACCCAGGACCAGCCCCACAGCCCCAGGGGGCGCAGCUAGCCUUCUGAGGCCUGGUGACACCACCCCUGUCCUGGGUGAGAGAGUGGACCCCUGCCUGCCCCUGGAGAGACAGGUGUGGUACCACGGUUCUGUGAGUCGUGUGGAGGCAGAGACUCUACUGACGUUGUGCAAAGAGAGUUCCUACCUGGUGAGGAAGAGCCAGGCCUGCCCACAAGACUACUCUCUCUCCCUCAGGAGUUGUCAGGGCUUCAUGCAUAUGAAGUUCACUCGGAGUUCAGAGAGUCGUUACGUCCUGGGAGAGAACAGUCCUCCAUUCUCCUCUGUACCAGAGGUCAUCCACUACUACACCAUGCACAAACUACCUAUCAGAGGAGCUGAACACCUGUCUCUGCUCUACCCUGUCAUAGUACAGACCCUCUGACCCUUCUCCACUCAUUAUCUGCAUCCCAACUGGCACCCUAUUCCCUAUGUAGUGCACUACUUUAGUGCACUCUGAUCAAAAGUAGUGCAAUAGAGUGGGACACGCUAUUUAUGAUCUAUUACUAAUACAGAUGGUGCUGUCGUCUGCGGAGAUGCUAACAUGGCUGCUGUGGAAUUGUGUGAUGUUAUUCUUAGAGCGUCAACAUGGUUCUGGUGGAAACCACAAUGGUUAAACUAUUACAGUUGAAGUCGGAAGUUUACAUACACCUUAGCCAAACACAUUUAAACUCAGUUUUUCACAAUUCCUGACAUUUAAUCCUAGUAAAAAUGCCCCGUCUUAGGUCAGUUA